CGAGAGACGCAAUGCUUUGAUUAUGAAUCUGGACGGUUUCCCGCACAUUUACAAUCACACAAACACACUACCCUAAGUCCGAAAGCUCCGAUCAGUUACGAGUUAUUAUCGCCUCUGACCCGGCCCAAACCGAUCACGAGAUUUUCCACGACGUCCUGUUGGAUCGCAACACGAGGCAUUGAAACUUUGUGUGAACAAAUCCAAACUAUUUUCUUCUGGUUGAAGCCAUGUUGAGACAACCAAUUCGCAGCGUGCACGCGCCAGCACGAGCUUUUGGCCAGUCAGCUCGGCAGGCAGCCUGGAAUGGCGCAUGGUCAAGGCAUUUCACAUCGCAGUCAGGAAACCAAACUGGGCGUCAGGUUUGGAGAUGGAAGACUGGGACACUUCCGUGGGAAGGCGUGAUGGCUCGCCUAAAGAACACCCGCUUCACACCAGGAACCACAACACCGAGCAUGCUCCAGGGCGUGUUGAGGCGUGGAUUCCGAUUCACAACGAAGCGCAAGACAAACAAAGGGCCGACCGUUGGCAAAACCGAUGAAGCCAAGGGUCUCAGCGCGAGGCUUAGGAAACUCACAAAGGAGUACGGCUGGGUGACCGUUGGCGUUUACCUUGGGCUGUCUGUUCUGGACUUUCCGUUCUGCUUCCUAUUUGUUAGGAUGGUAGGACCUGAGAAGAUCGGUGAGGUAGAGCAUCGUGUGAUGUCAACAGUCAAGCAGAUGAUCCCCGAUUCUGUCCGGGAAGCCUGGCACACUUAUUGGCAGUCUUUCCGGAAGGCUGAGGCCAAGGCACUGGGCGAUGACGAAAUUAGUGACAAAAUGGAGAUGGCCACCUGGGGGGUUGAGAAGGCUCAGGAGCGCAACCGCGUCGAUGCUAGCUUGGCAACUCAGCUGGCGUUGGCGUACGCCAUUCACAAGAGCUUCAUCUUUAUUCGAGUGCCAUUAACGGCUGCCGUAACGCCCAAGGCUGUCAAGGUGCUCCGAUCUUGGGGCUGGAAUAUUGGAAAGAAGAAGGCGUAGACGUUGUGAGAUGGGAUCAUGCCGCUUCCAGACUGAGAUUCAACCAAGCCUCAUAAGACAGAAUCGAUCCAUUUAUGAAACGUCUCGAUUCUAGUCAGAGCCACUCAGCCAUGUUUUUUGUAUAAUUAGAA